AGUAGUAAGUGUCAGAGGUACUAAUACAGAUGUUUGUGAUAAGGGAGCUGAGGGCCGACGCGGUCAGCGUCGGGGAGGUGGUGGUGCGUCGCCUUGACACCUCCGACCUUGCCUCCGUCAGGACUUUCGCUAAGGAGGUGCUGGCCGCCGAGAAGGCAAUCAACGUGUUGAUCAACAACGCCGACAGGGCCAGUUCGGAGAAGAGAGAAAUGACGGCGGACGGCCUCGAAAUGACCAUGGCUACCAACCACUUCGGCCAGUUCCUGCUGACCAACCUGGUGCUCGGUGUGCCAAAGCCUACGUCUGUUCAUAAGAGGUUGUGUAACGUUCUCUUCACGCGCGAGCUGGCGGACCGACUGGCGGGCACGGGCGUCACGGCCAACAGCCUCCACUCAGGAGUCGCGAACACAAACAUUGUCACCAGCCUCAGAUCAGCCAACUCCUACACGUUGUACUUCCUCUCGUUCACUCAUGUUUUCUUCGCUGCUCUCAUUAUUUCCGCCCAAUGCGCGGCCCUCGGCGCCCAGACCGCCAAUCACCUGGCGUCGUCGUCGUCGGUGGAGGGAGUGACGGGCCGUUACUUUGAUCACUGCGAGGUAACUUGA